GGACCCAGGGCCCCGCAGCGCAGAGACCUCUGGGGCCAGGUUAAAUACCGUGCCCAAGGGAACCGCAGCGCGAAAGCUAAUUAGGACAAGUCGGAACUGGGACCCGGGACGCGGCUGGAGAAGCGCACGCCCCGAGCUGGCCGGAGUCUGGGCUGGUCGCUGGAAACCCAGGUGCGGGUUAGUCAGGUUCGGGACGACGUCUGUUCACAGUCCCGAGUGGUUCUGAGCUCUGCCCACUGCAUUAGGUGCGCGCACUUCUGUGUCCACGUGUGCAAGCUCGGGGAGGGGGGGCACAGAAGAUGUGACAAAGGCGUACUUUGUGUCUGAAUGUGCUUCUCACUCCAGCCCAGAGCAGUGAGCUGUGUCCGGCGGUUGUCUCACGGGAGCGCCAGGACGAAGGUGACAAAAGGUUAGGUGUCCACCACAGAGAGACGCACCAAGGUGGCCCCGGUGCGAGUCCCUGCGCGCGCACGCGCGCGCGCUGAUACGUAGGGGGAGAGAGCCCGCCGCGAGGUGCGCUGGGCUGUACCCAAACCGCUUUCCGGAGAGAAAGCCAAGUCCAGAAACUGAGUGCGCGUAAGUGUGCGCGCACCCGCGCGCGGGGGCGUGGCAGCAAACAGCAACAACCCACUGGUGAGCUCCGCCAGAAACUCCGAUCUCCCUCCCCUGCCGGAAAGUGCGACUAGCUGGAGCCUGGAGGAGGCCUGGAGGGACCCAGUGGGAGCCUGGCCCGGGAGCCAGGAUGGCCGCCCUCGGAGCCUUGCUGACCUGCCUGGGAAUGCUCCUCUUCCUGUCCCCGGGGGCACAGGCGCAGAGCCACGCCCCGCCCGGCUGCAGCCCGGACCUCAACCCCCUCUACUACAACCUGUGUGACCAGUCCGGGGCGUGGGGCAUCGUCCUGGAGGCGGUGGCCGGGGCGGGCGUCGUCACCACCUUUGUCCUCACCAUCAUCCUGGUGGCCAGCCUCCCCUUCGUGCAGGACACCAAGAAGAGGAGCCUCUUGGGGACCCAGGUGUUCUUCCUGCUGGGGACCCUGGGCCUCUUCUGCCUCGUGUUCGCCUGCGUGGUGAAGCCCGACUUCUCCACCUGCGCCUCCCGGCGGUUCCUCUUCGGGGUCCUGUUCGCCAUCUGCUUCUCCUGCCUGGCGGCCCACGUCUUCGCCCUCAACUUCCUGGCCCGAAAGAACCACGGGCCCCGGGGCUGGGUGGUCUUCGCCGUGGCCCUGCUGCUGACCCUCGUGGAGGUGAUCAUCAACACGGAGUGGCUGAUCAUCACGCUGGUCCGGGGAGGCGGCGAGGACCGCCCCUUGCACAACGGCAGUGCCGGGGGGCCGGCGGCGGCGGCGGCCUCCCCCUGCGACAUCGCCAACAUGGACUUCGUCAUGGCGCUCAUCUACGUCAUGCUGCUGCUGCUGGCCGCCUUCGUGGGGGCCUGGCCCGCCCUGUGUGGCCGCUUCAAGCGCUGGCGGAAGCACGGCGUCUUCGUGCUGCUGGCCACGGCCACCUCCAUCGCCAUCUGGGUGGUGUGGAUCGUCAUGUACACCUACGGCAACCGGCAGCACCACAGGCCCACCUGGGACGACCCCACGCUGGCCAUCGCCCUGGCCGCCAACGCCUGGGCCUUCGUGCUCUUCUACGUCAUCCCCGAGGUGUCCCAGGUGACCAAGGCCAGCCCGGAGCAGAGCUACCAGGGGGACCUGUACCCCACCCGGGGCGUGGGCUACGAGACCAUCCUGAAAGAGCAGAAGGGCCAGAGCAUGUUUGUGGAGAACAAGGCUUUUUCCAUGGACGAGCCGGCCGCAGCCAAGAGACCAGUGUCGCCGUACAGCGGGUACAAUGGGCAGCUGCUGACCGGCGUGUACCAGCCCACCGAGAUGGCCCUGAUGCACAAAGGCCCGUCCGAGGGAACCUACGACGUCAUCCUCCCGCGGGCCACGGCCAACAGCCAGGUGAUGGGCAGCGCCAACUCCACCCUGCGGGCCGAAGACAUGUAUGCAGCGCAAAGCCACCAGGUGGCCACUCCGUCCAAAGACGACAAGAACUCUCAGGCUCAGUCCCCGCAAAAUAAAACGAGAUGGUAGACGCCCUGUUCCCUGGACUGCACGUCGCCCAGAUGCCCUCACUCCUGUGUGUCCCGGCUGGGCAGGGCCCCGCCCCUUCCCUAGCCCGGUCAUUGGACCUGGGAGGGCCUGAGGCCACCGAUCUGGAGCACUGGACCAAGUCGGGGGCUCUGUGGAACCCCGAGGCUCAUGGCUGGGGCUCUAGGGCCAGCCCCCACCUGCCCUGCCCCGAGUCUUCUGGUUCCCGAGUGAUGGAGGCCACAGGAGCUGUUUGCAGACCUGUCUGCCUCCGUCGCCCUCGUGACAGACUCCCCCCACACCCCAGCCCUUGCGUCCUCAUGCUGUGGCUGUCCAGAUGGCCAUCCUCAGAUGCCCCUGUCUUCACACCGCGAGCCUUCCUGGCCACCCUUAGUGUCCAGCAUUAGCCAUCCCCCUCCGCGCCUGGGUGAAUUGAGGACAGUCUCUGGAGCCGUGCCGCGGCAGAAGCUGGCUCUUGCCUUUCUCACCUGGGCCUCCUGCCACCCGCCGAGUGAACCGUGGGAGGCCACGAGCUGGGGCAGAGUUCACCGAGGCCCGGACAGACCCUGCUCCUCCGCACGGCCGGCUGGCGGCCUGGACCUGAGUCCCCGCUGCACCACCGCCCCACCACCACCACACACCCUCCCACCUGUUGGGAACUGGGUUCUGGCAAGACUCAAGACGGAGGCUGGGGCUGCAUUCUCAGGGACCAGCUGAGAGUCCUGGGCCAUGCGGACUGGGGCCUAGGCCUCUUCCAGGACAGACCUGUGGGACUUGGGGGGAGGCCGCUUAGGUGCGCGGCCUCCAGGGCUGAACGCUGUGCUGUUUCCUGAUGGGCGGGGGGAAGGCUUCUACCUCACCUCGGGCCCCUCCCUGGGCUGGUCCUGCUCUCCUCACCCAGGAUGUGGUCCAGAGGGCCCUGACCCCCCCGGGGAAGUAGGGGCAUCUGCAGAACCUGCGUGAUGCUGACGCCAAGGGCCCAGGUGUGCACAGCUCCCGAUUUGUGGGCGUGUCACCCCGGCUUUGACCUGCCCUCUGGUACCGGGCGGAGCUGGCUCAUCAGGGGCAUCACCCCAGGUGUGCCCCUGCAUCUGGGUUCUUAGCCCGGCGUCACCUCUGGGUGCCGAGAAGAGGGCGAGGCCCAGCUCAGCGAGGGGAGAUGGGUUGUGCCCAGCCUCACCCUGCGCUCAGUCCUGCAGCUCCAGGGCCACCCUCCUGCCCCCAGCAGCCUGUGCCUUUGUCACUGGAGCAUUCUUCCAGAGCUAAGUGGGGUGAGCGGGCCCUGCAGGUGAGAAUAGGGCUGUGCACCCCAGUGUGACCCCCCCCGCCCCACCGUGUAUGAUCUGUUGUACUGAGUUGCUCGGUUCCGAGAACCGAGUGUAACUUCCCUCCGACGAAGGGAGGCGGGGAGCUGUGUGCGCCUCGGGCUUCUCUUGAUCUAGGUUAGUGGCCCCGAGAUCCCUCACGGCGAACAAAGGGACUGCCUCGCCCUUGGAGAUGAGAGGGCCACGUGAGUCCCUCACAGCGCCAAGCGACCGCGGGGAGCAGCCUGCAGUGAAUGUGGGUUUGUGCACAGGUCCCCCGAGGUUUGCAGCGAGGCCCGGAGAGGGCUGGGUCCAGGAAGGCCCUGUGGCCCCGCUGCCUCGAGUCCUCGGCCGGGCUGGGAGGGGAGGGGAGGGGUCCAGCCACACCUGGGCAAGGCCCGAAGAGGAGAAAACCUGCGGCCAGUGAGGUCGGGCCGGUGUCCCGGUGCAUUUUAUGGCCACCCACGGGACUCCCCCCGGCCAGAGCCCUGGGACUGCAGACCUGCUCGGAACUGCACGGCCUCACUCCCUGUUCGUGAGGAAUCAUGACCACUGAAUCCCUCCGUGUUCACGAAGAAUUUUUCUGGGCUUUAUGCAUAAUAUAUAUUUUUAAAGAUGUUC